CUUGAGCCCCUACAUCUAGACCCCAUUCAUAUGUUCAUGUACCCCAAUAUUACAUUAGGUUCCCUGUGCUUUGCUUUCUUUAUUUCUACCAGAAGCCUUGGCUCAAACUGAGCUUAUUGUUCACUACAACCCCCAGGACUUUUUCUUUUGAAUCCCUUUGGCAUUCAUUCUGGAACACCAGGUUCUUUCAGCUUCUGUUUGUUUAUUCCCACUUUCCAGAGUGUAUAUUCCAUGCUGAAAUUCUCAUUGGCCAUUGGAUUACCACCUCCUUAGAUUCAAUAGCAUAUUAGACAGCAGAAGAGUGCUAUCAAACCACCCAUCAUCUGUGAGCUGAAUCUGACCAGAUUCCUAUGCUGACAUAUAACUCUAGAUUUGGAAUGAUGAAACCCCUGUUCACUGCCAUCUUCCUGUUCCUGCUUUCAGGGACUAUAAUGUCCCAGCAUCCAAGAACCAGGUGUGAUGUUCUGCAGUACAAGAACAUGGGUUAUUCAAACCCCCAAACUGGCCGUUACUCAUUCAAAAAUGAAGUCAAGUUAAAUGAACGAACUAUUUAUGUAUAUGACAGCAGCAGUAAGAGGGCAGUGCCCCAGCCAGGAUGGGAAAAUGUGGAGAACUGGAAUAAGGUAAGCCAGCUUCAGAAAGAGAGAGAAGAGUUGAUCAUGAAGGACUUGCAAGAAAUCAGAAACCUUAAUACAGAUACUACAGGCACCUACACUGUCACUCACACUUUUGAUUGUCAACUUUGUCCAAAUGAUGCUUUUGCGAUAAGUGGGUAUAAUUUGUUUGAGGGAAACGAAUUCAGUAAGAACUUCAAGAGAAUAUUCACUCUGGCCACACAAGACCCUGCAGCUGAAAUGAUGAAACAGCAGUCGCAGAGAUACCCAAUGCUCCAUGGAUAUCAGGAGACACAAUGUGUUGAAACACUCCAAAAAUACCUGAAUUAUAGGGAUGCUCACUAGGACAAUCCAGAUGGUCAAGUGUAAUGGGGAACUUAGGAACGAUGUUCCCUCACCACCCAAUAAGAGGAAAAUGAACAGCUGUUAAGGUUUUCACCACCAUGAUGACCUCCCACCACUAUACUAUUAACUACCAGUUUCUAGUCUUUGGAUUUCCAGUCAAGAGAAUUACACAGAUCUUCAUCCUUUCCUGGGAGAGCCUAUGAUAUGAGAGAUAUAACAUUAAGAUGAACAAGGAAAUAUCAGUAUAAAAUGAAAUAAAAGUCAAAUAGCAUUUUA